UAUUGGAAAACGGCCACUUCAAAUAGCGCCCUCUUGUUGUGUCCGCCAUGCUUUUAAAACUUCAAGUAAACCUACACUGCAACAUGCUGUGCUGACGCUUUAAUCGGGCCAGGAUAGCGACAUUUGUACAAGCAGAAUGUCAAGUGAUGGCGUGUUACAGAUUGAUCUCACACUAGAUGAGGAUAAUUUAGAGGAAGGGGCGCUAGCGCUGCUUAAAUCAGUUCGACCAGGGUGGAAACAGGACGAAAUAAAAUUCAAGGUUUUUACAGCAGGCAUCUCCAACAAACUCAUUGGGGGCUACCUCCCGGAGAAUAAGUCGGACAUGGUCCUGGUCCGAAUCUACGGCAAGAAGACAGAGCUUCUCAUCGAUCGCGAGGCAGAGAUUCGCACAUUUGUUCUCCUUCACAAGGCAGGAUGCGGAGCUGAGCUCUAUGCACGAUGCAACAACGGUCUGUGCUAUGAGUAUAUACCAGGAGUCAUUUUGGAUGCAAAGACAGUCAGGGAAGAGCGAGUCUACAGGCUCAUCAUCAAGGAGAUGAUUAAAAUGCACAGCAUCAAGCCACAGGAUGGAGUGGCUACUUCGCCUUGUCUCUUCCGACUCAUCGAUAAAUGGCUGUCUAUUCUUCCUGAUAAAUUUGAGGAUGAAGAAAAGCAGGACAGAUAUGUCAGAACCAUAGCAUCUAAGGAAAAGCUUCGUCAAGAAGUCAGCCAAUUGAAGAGUGUCCUUACAUGCCUAGCAACGCCCACUGUAUUCUGCCACAAUGAUAACCUCCUUGCAAACAUCAUUUUUGACGAGCAGAAAGAUAAGGUGUCUUUUAUUGAUUAUGAAUAUGCCGGCUACAACUAUCAAGCCUUUGAUAUUGGGAACCAUUUCUGUGAAUUUGCAGGUGUGGAGGAGGUUGAUUACAACCUCUAUCCUGAGAAAGACUUUCAGAUCAGGUGGCUACGAGAAUUCCUCACAACUCAAAACAAGGCCAACAACAUUCAGAAAGAAAUCACAGAAAAAGAUCUGGAAACCUUGUAUGUCACAGUGAACAAAUUUGCUUUGGCUGCCCAUAUGUUUUGGGGCAUCUGGGCCUUGAUGCAAGCUCACUACUCAACCAUCGACUUUGACUUUUUAGAUUACUCAAAACAACGGCUGGAUGAAUACUUCCGCAGAAAAGAAGCCUUCUUGGCACUGUCAGUCCCCAAGUAACCAUGGUAACAGAAUGUGGAGAAUCACCGUCACAUGUGAGAGGUUGUAAAACUUAUCAGACAAUGACA